AUGGAUUCCGUCUCCGGCUACGCCGGUCCACGUCAGCCUCGAACCGGAGGCAAGAUUGUUCGUCCACGCCGGACCUCCGUCGUGAAAACGCCGUACGACCGCCCCGUUCCAAGAUCUCAGGAUCCUCCUCAGCAAAACCCUAGUUGGAUCUCCAGGCUCGUUUACAAACCUGCCACCGCCAUUGCCUCCGGCGCCGGGAAAUUCAUUUCUUCCGUUGUCUUCUCUGAGUCUUCCUCAUCUUCCUCGGAGGGUGAGGAUUCGUCUUCAGAUAUUGAAGGUGAUGAGGAUGUUGAGAAGAACAUUACCGAUUUUCCCGAAGAUGAAAUAGACCUUGUGAAGGCUCAUCAAUCAAACAUCCAAAGACUCGGUUCUAAGCGUGUAAUUGAGCAGCUUCUCAUGCAAGAAACAUUUGCAAGGGAAGAGGGCGAUAGAUUAAUAGAUAUCAUCAAGGCGAGGGUUGUGGAUCAUCCCAGUGUCUUUGCUUCUAAUUUGGGUAGGCAUAGUGACAAUGGCAUCACCAGUGAGGUGGAUGUGGGUGAAAUGUCCAAUAAAGCUGUCAUGGAAGCAAAAAGAUGGUUAGAGGAGAAGAGAUCAGCAUCACGCUCAAAGUCUAAAGCAACUGAAGAAGGUGCUGGAUCGCCUGUGGACGUGGCGAGGUCAUAUAUGCGAUCUCGUCUACCAUGGGGAUCUCCGGAUGUGAACAAUUCAGACUUUCGGUCACCAUUGCCAGCAGGGAUGCAGUUUCUUAAUGAAGGGACACCGUUUCCUUAUAGUUCUGGAAACUUAUCCUCUUCCAAGCUGAAAAGGAGAUCCCGUUCUAAUCCGUCAUGGAAUAUUCAAGAUGAAAUUCGUAAAGUGAGAGCUAAAGCAACAGAGGAAAUGCUUAAAACUGCAUCUCCCAGUAGUGUAGCAUCGUUGAAACCUAAACAUAUCCCCUAUGUUUUAGAUGCAUCGUUGAAUGUUGAUGAAGGUGUCCAAGCUUUACGAAAUGAACAAAGCGGGGUUCUGCCAGAGUCAACCAUACCGACCUCUGAACAAAACCAGUCUACGGAAGCUAAUCAAGACGUUGAAGAAACAGGAGUUCUACACACUAGAUCUCGUGGAGUUGUUUUGGACAAGACAUUUAUCUCCACAGAAGGGGUCAAGAAGACAUCUGAAGACACAACCGCUCCUCAAAGUGGAACCGGUGUAAAUGACGACUUCGUCCAACCUAGCUCGACUACUGGAGAGACCAGAAAUGCUGUCUUGGCUCUUGGAGCAACUUUGGAUUCAACUGGGAACCUUUGUAUUCCUAAAGAUGUGUUUGAAACAUCAAAAGAAGCUGAUGAAUCAGGCACAGUACAUUCUACUGCUAACGGUUUCCCGACUUCAUCACCUAGUUCACCAAUGGCUAUGGAAGGUCAACCAAAACCCAGACCACCAGAUGAAACAGUGGCUACUCAGCUUGUAACUGAAACUCCUGAUGCUGAUAUCACAGUAGGUGAUAAUAACUCAGAUGGGAUGAUUGAGAACGAAAACGAUAACAGCGACGCCAGCGCCUCACAUAGCACGCACGAAGAAGAGUGGCUCCCAGGAGACCAGUCUCUACCUAACUCAAACUCAGCAAGUAGCAGUCCGGGUACCACCAAGGUCUUGGCAUACACGAGAAGAGGAAGGAGUCGAGGUAGGGGAAGAGGACGAGGAGUUCGAGGCAAAGGACGGGGCAAAUAA